AUGGCGCUUCUAAAUGUGGUCGCUGUUGUAGUACUCACAGUGCCCGUGGAACCCAUGGCUUUGUCAGGGACCGGGAGCUGGAGGAUAUUUAUACCGCUUCAUUUGUUGUGCAGCAAAUCACCGGCCCAGCACCACGCUAAUCGGAUUGUGUUUCAUCACUGGAAUUACAACGAGACCGGUCCAACACACGGCCAUGCUUUGAAGGAGAAGAGGUCCCGAGAAUCCCAGCAUGUUUACAAGAAGAGGUUACGAUACAACCAUUUGGGGAUAGAGUGUCGCCUCAGUUUCGCUGGGGUUUCCUCGCCGGGGGGCGGGCUGGGGACGAUACGUUAUCAGAAACUCGCGAGACCCGUCGUAAUCGCGUCGUGGGGUCUAGGCUGGUGA